AUGGGAGAGAAUAAAUAUCCAUAUCCAUAUCCAUAUGAUCCAUCGUCAUCAUCCUCUGCAGCAGGUGAGAGUGAGAGUGCAGCAGCAGCAGCAGCAGCAGAUUAUAACAAGGGUAAUAACAGUAAGAAACCAGGUGCAGUGACGAUGAGACUGUUUGGGUUCCCAGUCUCAAAAACGGACAGACUGCAGCAGCUGCAGCUCCAGGACGUCGAGUUGGAGAAGAAGAGGUUCGAGUGCCAGCAUUGCCACCGCAGAUUCGCCAACUCACAAGCACUGGGCGGCCAUCAGAAUGCCCACAAGAAGGAGCGCCAGCGAGCCAAGCGGGCCCACUUUGCGCCCCCCGAUCACCACCAUCGACGCCCUGCCCCUGCCCUCAUCAAUCCACAUGGGGCCGUGCAAGGGCCAUCAUCUAACAACGCCUACGCCGCCGCCAGGUUCCUUCCGCCAGGGCCAGCCCAUCAUCAUCAUCAUCAGGUCCUGUCCGGGGUGCCUCUCAGUCUCAGGUAUGGUGCCGCCGCCGCUGUCGGCUUUCAGGUUGCUGCGCUGCCCCGACGAGGCCGACAGCCGGCAACCAACUCCAACAGCCACGAUUUGGAUUCGGAUUUGGAUUUGGAUGUGGAUGUGGAUCUCCAUCUGUGA